AUGAAAGGGAUCCUCAUUGUGCCAGGGGCCCAUGCAUCCCUGGACAACAUCAGUGCAGCAGGCGGAUGGGUGGAGGAUGACGUCUUCACAUACAUGGGCCAGACGCGCAAGCAUCCCCGCCAAGGCUGGCAGAGUAUUGGGCGCAUGGAAAAAGAUCAGGGAAUCAGAUCCGCAUUUGUUCAGGCAUUUCUCGGUAUACAGCCAGCCGGCAUCGAACAUGGAUGGCAUUAUUUUGAGCUGGGUCAUCAAGGCCAUGGGCAAGGAGCAUCCAGUGGAAUUACAUCAAAGAGAUUGUUUCUCAGCUGCGUUUUCAUCAGAGGUGAUGAACAUGCCCAUGAGGCAUCCUGCAGCGUGAUGGCCAAGAUGACCGCAGCCAUGCAACCAACUGAUAUUGACUUUUCUCAUCAGUUUAAAUCUCCCAUCAGAGAGCAGGUGAAUGAGUGCAACAGGAAGGGCACGGAGGCCAUCAGAUCAGAUCCUGCAGCCCCAUCGGAGAUCUACAAGAUGAGCUUGAAGGAUGUGGCGUCAUGCAUUGACCAUGCCAUGCAAAUCAUGAUCGACAAGAACCAUGAGGACAACUGGGUCCUCGCAGGCAUGAGAAGAAACGGCUUUUUGGCAGUGAGGCCUGAUGAGAACGGGCAUCUCAAAUGGUGUGGAGAUCAGAGUUGGUGCGCAUCGAUGCCAUUGGGUAGCUCCCGAAUCCCUGCCUCAUGGCUAGAAAACAGAUUAGCCGACAUUCAGCAGGAUGGAGCACAUGUCCCUGAGCCCAUCUGGAAUCGCAUGAGUGGAGCGACAGAGCUAGCAGAUCUCAUCGAAUGGUCCUAUCAUCAGCAGGAACAUGCAAACGCAGACAUGGACAUCAACAUCGAGGCAGCAGAUGAGGCUUGCCAAGAUAGGCGAGACAAGAUGAGAGAGAAGAGGAAGCAGAGAAAAAUCAGGAUGGAGGCAAAGAAGCAGAUCACACAUGAGGAGAGAGAGAAGAUCAACCAGGAUUUGCAGAGCAAAUCGCGGUAUGAGGCCAUGAUGUCCAUUGUCCCGUCAGCAAAGACAUUGAAACCAUCAGUGCUGAAGAAGAAUAAGCUGAAGAAUAAGCUGAAAUCUACAAAGGAAGGGAUCACAGAUCAGAAGAAAGGAAAGAAGCAGCUGCUGAAGAAUCAGAAGAGGAAAGCAGCGGCGCAGGCAUUGAAAGAUAAGAAAGCGGCAGAUGAGAACGCCGAUUCACAUGAGAAGCUGCCGCCUUUGCCUCCUCCCCCUGAUGCGCCACCUUCUGAUACACCAGCCAUCAGUGAGGAGCUCCUCAAGGGCACAUUCAGGAUUGUUUCUGAUGAGGCCAGCCAUGCGCUCUAUGGAAGACAGGGCUCAGUGAUGAGCAUUGGCAAUGAGAAGUAUCAGUUGCUCCUUCAGAAAAAGAAGGCGCAACAGAAGGAGCAGCUCACAUGGGCGCCCUUGGCUCAACUGCAUGAGAUUGAUGAGAACCUUCCUGUAUGGGCUUGGCAGCAGAUCUCCCUCAGCCGGUAUCUCAGAUCAGAAAUCCUGAAAGAUUCCGGCACCAUCAGUCCGGACGUGACGACCUUCCCCGCAUGGGACGCGGUUGAAAUCUUGCAGGAGAAAAUCUUGCCCGCGGGAGGAUUAGAGGCCCAAAGCAUCAUUUGUGCAUACCAUUUCCUCUGCAUGACAUUAAAUAAGAAGCAAUCAGGCGCGUACAGCGGAUUCCACAUGAUCAGUCCUAUUCUUCCGGCAUCAGCGCGCUUGCAGAUGCAUGAGGGCAUCGACUCAGAGAAAACCCUAAAGGCUUUUCGACAUGAGAUGUCCAACAAGAAUCAGGUGCAUCUCUUUCCUCUCAAUUCUGCCCAACAUUGGGCCCUCAUGGUGCUUGAUCUUCCCCAGAAGGGCAUCCGCUACUAUGACAGUAUCAAUGGAGACAUGAAUGAGGGAUGCCUUGCAUUGGCGGAAAUCAUGCUGGGCUAUUUGAUGGAGCAUGACAUCAUCAACGGAGACAUGUUCCUGGAUCACCCAGGCAUCACCAGAUCCAACAGUGUCAGACAGCCACUGCAGUCGAACAUUUGCGGCCAUGACGUCCUGGCCUUCAUGGAGGAGGAGAUGUGUCGAUCAGAAUAUGGACCUGCCGCGACGGAGCACCCAUCAGCCGCUGCAUCUGCAUGGCACAGCAGCAGAUUAGCCAAAUUGACACAGGCCCUUCAGGUCGAACUUGAGAAGAUGAAGAUCGAGAUCGUGUCUGAACAUCAGAAGCUAGAAGCUCAGGGUGAAAAGCUCCAUAAGGAGAGGAUGAAGCAGUAUGAGCUCGCCAAGAAGCGCUUGAGUCAGGGACAUGAGCUAACUGCUCUCAUGGAAGAGGCAUACCAGCAGAUUCAUGAGCACAAGAAGAUUCUCGUUUGCCCAACAAUUGCUUCUUUAAUGGUUGCUGUUUUCAUUUGCGGCAUAUUUUCCCCUGGUCAUCCACAUGUUUUCCACAGGCUUGGAAUCACAGGGAAUCAGCUGCAUGAGGUGCCAUCUUUCAGAUCCUGCUGCCAUAUUUUUUUUCGGCACAUCUUUUUGCGGGGUUCUUGUUUUUUUGACUCUCUAUGCCACCUCGCGUGGCAGGCGUGGCACUUGGCGGCAUCCACCAUCGUUUCGCGUGGCAGGGGUGGCACUUGGCGACAUCCACAGUCGUUUCGCGUGGCAGGCGUGGCACUUGGCGAGUAG